CUUAGAACGGGAACAUGUGAGCAGGGAAUGGACAACUGGAAGCAGGAUUACUACACACUACACAGAGACGCAGGCAGGCUACCGUACAGGGGACUCACCGGGACACUGGGACAGCAGCUUCAAUAAGAAGUGAAGUGCAACAAUAUUUGAGAAAUAUAAUUUUACGAAGCAGAGAUAACGGAGGAAUACCGAACCAAAGAUGAAUACUAUUGUGUUUAACAAAUUGAGUAACCAGGUCCUCUUCGAUGAGAAGACGAAGGAGGUCGAGAGGAGCAGCAUAAAUUAUUUAGAGGUAAUAGAUGGACAGCAUCCGGACCUUCAUCCAGACCUUCUAUCAAGCAAUCAUCAAGUUAUUAAAGACAACAACGGCAUCAGACACAGGAGGUCUACAGUCUGCGAUCUUGACAACUACGUCAUGAAAACAAAAUCAGAAAAGGGCCGUCAGAGCAGCGGGAAGGUGCGACACAAGCGUCAGGCCCUUCAGGACAUGGCACGGCCCCUGAAGCAGUGGCUCUACAAACACAGGGACAACCCAUACCCCACUAAGACGGAAAAAAUUCUGCUAGCCCUUGGCUCUCAAAUGACCUUGGUCCAGGUCUCUAAUUGGUUUGCCAACGCCAGACGGAGGCUGAAGAACACAGUGAGACAGCCAGACCUGAGCUGGGCCCUGCGCAUCAAACUCUACAACAAAUACGUCCAAGGCAAUGCAGAGAGACUGAGUGUCAGCAGCGAUGACACCUGCUCAGAAGACGGGGACAACACUCAGCGGACGCAGACGAGUGGCGGUGAGUUUAGCAAGCCCAUGUACCAGAGCGUCAUCAAGAAAGAGGGCGCCGCCAUGAUGGGGGUGGGGCUCCGGGCCGCUGCCUCAUUGGCCGAGGACUAUGUGACUCCGCCUCCCAAGUACAAGAGUAGCUUGCUCCACCGGUACCUCAACGAUUCGCUGCGACACGUGAUGGUAGCCAACGCCGUCAUGGAUGCCAGGAAGAGGAACCACUCGGGAUCCUUCAGCUCCAACGAGUACGACGACGAUCUCCUCUCCCCGUCGUCCUCAGAAACCGAGGCAAACUUUGUUUAUCGAGCUGAAACCAUGGAUCAUGGAUCAAGUAAAUGUGACAAGGGUGGCGUUCUGAAGGAGAAGGUACGGGGCAAAGACGAGACGUACUGGAAAGAGAUCAACGCAGCCAUGGCCUUGACUAACCUGGCACAGGGAAAGGACAGCAAUGCAUCAGGGACGACCAGCUGCAUCAUCCAAAAGUCCUCUCAUAUAUCAGAAGUAAAGACUGUCAAAGUGCCUCUGGUGCAGAAGUACUAGCGCCUAUCACAGAGUCUUCUGUCUCAAACUAAUCUUCCCUUCCACUCUCUAUGCAACACCAACAUUCCCUCUGAAAACUCACUCUGAAGAGUCAGUCAAAAAGCGAAACAAAGAAACAAGUACUCUCUUCUUUUGUUCUGUUUGUUUUACUGUAUGUUGGUAUAAAUGCAACAGAACUGAAGACAACCUAUCUUGUGUGUCGGUCUGUGUUUUAAAAAAAAACUGCAGUACAUGCAUUAGACAAGUGUUGAUAUGAUCGUCUUUAACUGCAUUAUUUUGUUCUGAACGAGACACUUUUGUAAUGUUAAUUUAUUCGUUUUUUUAUACUCCGAAAUUUGUAUUGUAGUUUUGCCAAAGUGCCUUUUGGAAGCAGAGCAACACACCCUGUGUGGUAAAUAAUGUACAGACAGAGUGUCUCUGGGAACAUAAAGGACUAUCUGAAGUAGAAAUAUAUGGUCAUAUAAGCUUCUUCUGAAGCAGUCCCUUUCUCCCUGAUAUGUGCCUUACAAUGUGGAUGAAUUUAGCUCAUCAUCGAGGCACUGCUGUUAAAUAACAUCUGAACUGAUCUAAUUUAUCAAGACACACACACCAUGUUAAGCCACAUCUCCCUGAUGGCAUUGUGUAUGUUUUGUCUGAGUCCUCAUUAUGACUGUAAAUUGAACACUGUUAUGUCUCAGACAGAAUACAACAGAUCUGCCAACAAUAACUGUGAAUAUAUAUAAAGUUCACUCCAGUUCAGCCAAACACUGACAUGAAGCCCUCGAGAGUUAGAAUCGAUAGGAUACCAGCAGAUCCACUGUGCUGUUGAUAGUCACCACCACCAUCAUGUUUUCCACAGCUCGGCCUUGGGGUUUUAUUUUCCAAAGUGGAAGGAUUCUUAUCAAGGCUUUAGCCUGGAAAGCCCAAGCAAAUGUUGAACCAGCACCAUCAUACAGGCACGCUCACGUGCACACACACACGCAGGCAGGCGCACACACACACACACCUGGUCGAAGGUUUGGUUGGCAAAGGGCUGUAUCUGUUUAAACAAAGAGGGUCAUGAACUAAAGGGAUGUUUUUGUUUCUGUUGUCAGUGUUGUAUUAUAUGAACUACAGUGUCGCUGCCUUCUCUCUCUCACAUGUUUCCGUUCAUAACAAGGUACUUCAACAGUGAAAAAAAGACAGGCUCACCAGGCCGUUUGAUCCUACACUCCUCCUCAGCUGUUUAGAAUCACAUUCAAAUUGCUGUUUACAAGAAGAGAGAGAGAGAGAGAGAGACAGAGAGAGAGAAUUCCCUUUUCAAAAAUUGCCUUUUCAGUAUUAUCUUUUUGUCAGAAGGCAAAGCAAGUAUUUGUUAUUUUGAGUUUGUUUAUUGCAGCGGUUGUUCUGUUUUUAUCAAAGUUUUACUUGGUUUUACUUAGCCAUACCGCAUUACGUUUUUUUUUUUGUUGACCGAAUGGAAAGAAUCCUCCUUAAAUAGUUAUAAAGUAUGUACAGUGCAUAUGUUAUUUACAUUGUAGCAACCCAAUGCCAAGUACUGAGAGAAAUCAAGUUGGACUGUUUGAGUAACUGUAGUCGGUCAUUUUCUGCCGACUCACUAAUUGUAUGUAUAUCUUCAAGGUACUGUUUAUGUGUCAAAAUGUACACUUCUUUAUUCUCUCUGCUGUUUGGGCCCUUUGUUUGACAACCUAGACUGUGCUUGUGAUCAAGGGUUGAUUGAGAAAAGCUGCACAAAGUUACUUUUAGAAACUACUCUUAAUCUUGAAUGUGCAAACCGUUAUAAGCUGCAGUUAGCUCUCUGUUCUCCACUAGAAAGAAACAGAAGAAAAGCCGUCACUGAGAAUUUAUGGGAUUGAGUUGAGGGGGAAAACAAUGUGUUGAUUAUACAUAUCUUGUUAAACCAUGCACGCACACACACACACACACACACACACAAACACACACACACACACACACACACACACACACACACACACACACACACACACACACACACACACACACACACACACACACACACUAAUUUUUGUUAGCGUGCCUAUGGUAGCAGCGUAAUAAUGUAAGGAAUCACACUAGCCAAUCCCCAGGCACUAUAUUCUCAUGCGGGAGACUGUGGUCCACAUGUGUUUUUUAUACACCUGAUCCUGUAAGAGGCGCUCUAGGGUAACCCUUUCCCUCGCUCAGUGUGUUAAUAAUCCAUCAAUAUGUUUAGCCUGGGCACAACCCUCACACCUCACACGGAAUGCAGCCCAUUCCAUACGGAAUACAACCCCAUUCAUACGGAACACAGUUGCCAGAGAGACUAAGGCUUCAAAAGCACAGAACAGAACAGCCAUUGUUAUACCUGUAGUCAAUCAGCAACUACGCUGAGUGUACAAAACAUUAAGAACACCUCGUCUGAGGGUAAAAGGUGUGGGGGGGGGGGAUGCAACACAAUAUUAGGAAAGUGUUCCUAAUGUUCGGUAUACUCAUUGUAUAACUGUACCCCAAAGCUUUGGUUCGGUAUGAUACUUAUUUUCCUGUGCACAAACUCGUGCUUUCGAACAAAUAUUGCAAACGGAGAGCAAUUUACUUUUGUCAUAUUUCAGAAAAUCUAUAAAUUAUUAAGGAUUGUAAAAAAAAAGAAGCUGGUGAUAUUAGUCCGUUUUUUUUUAUUGUUAAGUUAUAUGAGUUCAAAUUUUUUGAUAGAGACUGGAUUGUUAUCCAAUGACCAAAUGCAUAAUAUCUCAUUGUAUUGUCUGAUUUUGCUUUUAUAUAACAUUUUAUUUUGUUAUACUAUGGUUACUUCCACAAAUCAAUGAAUAAA